AUGAAGGAGUUUCUUGUGAUGUUUUUGGUACACAAAGUAAUUACUCUGGAAUGUCCUGCAAGUGAUGCUUUCCUUGUUCCACAUAAGUGGUACCAGCCUGGAGACUUCAUCAUUGGUGGAAUGGCGUCUCACUUCGGUUACCACCUUUAUGAAAUUAAAUUUAGUGAAAAUCCUUCUAUAAAACCUUAUGAAAUACCACUUAUAAUCCCCAAAUUUCAUCAACACGUCCUUGCCUUGGCCUUUGCUGUGAAGGAGAUCAAUGAGGACUCCCGGAUCUUACCUAACAUCACUCUUGGGUUCCACAUUUAUGAGAGUUACCUCAAUGCAAGGAUGACCUAUCGCACCACUCUGGACCUGCUUUUCAAAUCCCAGGAAUUUGUCCCUAACUACAAGUGUGAUAGCGAGAAGAAUCUCAUGGCCAUCAUUGGAGGACUGGAUUUUGUCACAUCAUCUCAUAUUGCUGGAAUUACAGGAUUCUUCAAAAUUCCACAACUGACAUAUGGCUCAUUAUCCAAAGAGGAAUUUGAGACCAGUAAGCUCUCUUCAGUUUACUUCAUGGUCCCCAAAGAAGACAACCAGUACACUGGCAUUGUCCAACUGCUUCAUCAUUUCAGGUGGACAUGGAUUGGGAUGUUUGCUGUUGAUAACCACAAUGGAGAAAAAUUCUUACAAAAAAUACAGCCCUUACUUUCACAGAUCGGAAUCUGCUCAACGUUUAUAGAAAGGCUUUCACCACUGGCCCACAUGGAAGAAUUCCAAGAUUUUUUUCAAAGACUCUCAAUGAUUUCCAUUCAUUUGAUGAAUAGGAAAGUCAAUGCAGUUCUUGUCUAUGGAGAAUCAUUGAUAAUUAUGUGGCUAAGAGUUGUAAUGCUUCCAGUAAAUUCUGACAGCAAUUCAAAUUCUGACGUUACUUUAUUUGGAAAGGUAUGGAUCAUGACUGCACAGAUUGAUUUCAUAUUGCCAGGACUUCAAAUCAGCUUGGACCUCCAGAUGUUCCAUGGGGCAAUUUCCUUCACUGUUCAUUCAACAGAAGUUGUAGGUUUCAAGGAAUUUCUUCAGACCAUCAAUCCACUUUCAGAAUACAAUGAUGGGUUUCUGCAGGAAGUUUGGGAACAAGCAUUUGAUUGUUCAUUUCCAAAACCAGAGUUACGAGAAACGCAGAGUAGAAAAUGCACUGGGGAGAUGAAGCUGGAGGAUCUUCCUGCACCUGCCUUUGAAAUGGAGAUGACUGGCCAAAGCUACAGCAUCUACAAUGCUGUUUAUGCUGUGGCUCAUGCUUUGCAGGCUCUGUAUACAUUACAUUUAAAUAGGAAAAAACCUAUGAUCUGUAAAAAUCCUGACCUUCCACAUCUCCAGGCUUGGCAGAUUAUUCCACUUUCUCGAUGCAAUGACCCUUGUUUCCACGGAUCCUGGAAGAAAGGGAUUGAGGGGGAACAGUUCUGCUGCUAUGACUGUGUUCCCUGCCCAGAAGGGAAGAUUUCGGAUCAAAUUGAUAUGGAUGACUGCUUUAAAUGUGCAGAAGAUCAUUAUCCAAAUAAAGAAAAGGAAGGUUGUGUCCUGAAACUGCUGGUCUUUCUAAAUUUCAAAGAAACCUUAGGAAUUGGUUUGGUCUCAGCAGCUCUUUGUUUGUUCUUCUUGACAUCUUGGGUUCUUGGAACUUUUAUUAAGCAUAGGGAUACUCCCAUUGUCAAAGCCAACAAUCGGUUCCUCACCUACAUCCUGCUUGUCUCUCUUCAGCUCUGUUUUCUCUCCUCUUUGCUCUUUCUCAGUCAACCUGGCAAAGUGACCUGCCUUCUCCGACAACCAACUUUUAGCAUCACCUUCUCAGUGGCCAUUUCUAGUGUACUGGCCAAAACCAUCACUGUGGUUGUUGCUUUCAUGGCCACUAAACCAGGAUCUCAGAUGAGGAGAUGGGUGGGGAGAAGAUUGGCUCUUUCUACUGUCCUUUCCUGCUCUCUCUUCCAAGUAUGGAUUUGUAUUCUUUGGAUGUCAACAUUUCCCCCAUUCCCUGAAUUGGACAUGCACUCAGAGCUCCAAGAAAUGAUUUUACAGUGCAAUGAGGGUUCAGCUUUCUUCUUCUACUGUGUCUUGGGCUACAUGGGUAUCUUGGCCAUCGCCAGCUUUAUUGUGGCUUUCCUUGCCCGUAAAUUACCUGACAGCUUUAACGAAGCCAAGUUCAUCACCUUCAGCAUGUUGGCCUUUUGCAGUGUUUGGAUCUCCUUUUUUCCAUCCUACCUGAGCACAAAAGGAAAAGCCAUGGUAGCUGUGGAGGUCUUCUCCAUCUUGGCCUCCAGUGCCGCAUUACUGGGAUGCAUAUUUUUCCCAAAGUGCUACAUCAUUGUUUUCAGAUCUGACCUCAACCACAGAGAACAACUCACAAAGAGAAAUUAG